AUGUCAAACUCAAUAGUCAUAGUUGGAGCAGGAGUCAUAGGACUCACUUCAGCACUCACACUCAAAAAGGAAAAUAAAGAUCUCGAUAUAACCGUAAUCGCUUCGCAUUUACCUGGUGAUAUCAGCAUCAACUAUACCUCUCCAUUUGCUGGAGCCAACUGGCAGUCAUUUGCUGGAGAUGAUGUGGAAGUGCAAAAAAUUGAUGAAAUUGGCUACCACGAAUUCAUAAGGCUAGCUGACAUUCCCACAUCAGGUGUCUGGAAGAAGAAAAACGUCAAUUGUGUCACUCAAAAGGGCUGGGACGAUGCUCAGAGAGACCCAAAGGCGUUCGCGAAUUGGUUUGAUAAAUUAGCAAACUCACGGGUUCUCGAAAAAAACGAAUUGGUGCCAGGAACAGUGUACGGAACAGUGUUUGACGGAGUCGUGAUCUCGGUGCCUAUCUAUUUAUCAUACCUAGUUCAGCAGUGCUUGGAAAUAGGGAUUGUGCUUCAGAGAAUCGCUCCUCUCAAAAACAUUGAAGACGCGAGAGCUUUGCACCAUUCCGGUAAAAAAGCUUCCCUCUUGAUUAACUGUGCUGGAUUAGGUGUCUCUCGUCUUAACGGUCUCAAUGACAAAAAAAGGACCUAUGCUGUAAAAGGACAGGUUGUCUUAGUGAGCAACAAGAUCGAUCACGUAAUUUGUGUCGAGGGCGCCAAACAUCCAAACGAGAUGCUCUACGCAUUCCCCAGAAAGGAGGGAGGCACGAUCAUUGGCGGUUGUUUUUUGGUAGACCAAUGGUCUUCAAAGGAGGACAAAACAAUCACGCAGAGAAUCUUGGGCAGAGCCGUGAGACACAUUCCCCAGUUGAUUGACCCUGCCACCGGCAACCCUGACCAUUUGGAUGUUGUGAAGGUAAAUGUUGGUCUUCGCCCCUUCAGAGAAGAUGGCCCUAGAAUCGAGCGGGACUCGAAACGCCCCUGGCUCAUCCAUGCGUAUGGCGCUGGAGGAGGAGGAUAUCAAGGAAGCUACGGGUUUGCUGAAAAAGUCGCACGCUUAGUCCGAGAAUCCAAGCCCGAAGCAAAAUUAUAG